AUGUCCGACCCAAUUGGGACGCGUGGGGUUUUGGUGACGGGCGUCAUUCUUGGUGGUACGAUACUAGCAGCCUUGCUCUACUACCAAGCAACGAAGCCGAAGAGGCGAUCUGCAUCCAAAGCUGCUGGGGUUCCUGGUUUACAUAAUCUGGGGAACACAUGCUACGCAAAUGCACUUCUGCAAGGUUUAUCAAGCCUGCCCUCGAUGGUGCGAUGGCUGAAAGAAAUCGACACUACCUCAAGCGACCUAAGACAUGGAUUCUUGGACGAACUGAAAGAAGUGGUACUGAAACUCAACGAUGGAUCAACUGCUUUAUACGAUGUCGGCGGUGUUAUGACAACUCUUGCGAAGCAUAAAUGGAAUAUUACUGUUGGCGUUGAACAUGACCUUCACGAGCUAUUAAAUGUGUUUGCAACAACAUGGGAGGAAGAGCUACAAGUGACAAAACGGAGGUUACUCUCGUCAUCGUUGUGGCAAUUCAACGAGAUCGAUUCGACUCCCGAGGGCAACGGAAAAGAAACUGUGCAGUCAUCUGGCGAUGUACAGCUGUCCCUUGUUAGCAGAAGGGAGCUUGUGUUUAGAAGAUGUGCGGAUGUUGUACGAGUUGAGGCGAAACUGCGAGCGCCGUGCUUCGGCCUUACUGCGACAGAACUGCGUUGCUGUCAAAAGAACUGUGGUUUUAAGAAGGUGCGAUAUGAUACAUUUGGCGUUAUUUCGUUGGCGAUUCCGAAAAUAUUCAUGGGGAUGCCAGUGACUAUCGAAGCAUUACUGAGGAAGUAUUUUUGUAUGGAGGUAAUUCGAGGUGCAACCUGUGACCGCUGUAAAUCACAAACUGGUAAACGUGAUAGUGGCUUGUUCAAGAAGCAAGGAUUGAGUAAGUGA